UAUAUCCUCAUUUGCGAAGCGAGAUGGAAGGAGCCUCAACUCAGGGUGGUGCUCCCGACAUACGAAUCGAACGGAAAGUGUAUGACGAAUCUGUGCCUCUUCUGGCCACACGGCGCUCCACAGACUCGUCAUUAGAAAACAAGGGCUAUUUACAAGCUGUUAAGACAAAAGUGUCCUCAGUCUCCUGUUCUAAGGAUUCUUUUUGCCAAUGGCUGGUAGAUCUCUUUCCGAUCAUUCGCUGGCUGCCAAAGUACAACAUCAAGAGAGAUUUGGUGGCUGAUAUAAGCGGAGGCUUGACAGUUGGAAUCAUGCACAUUCCUCAAGGUCUUGCGUUCGCAAUGUUGGCGUCCCUUCCCCCUGUUACUGGUCUCUACACUGCCAUCAUUCCAGUCUUGGUUUACAUGAUUAUGGGAACAUCCAAACAUCUCUCUGUAGGCAGCUUCGCAGUGAUUUGUUUGAUGGUGGCGAGUGUCUGUGAGCGAGAGGUGGCGAAAAUGUCAUUUGAACCCAGUCCUACUCCUACUCCAAUGAACGGCACGACGUCCGGUUCUCUCCCGACAACUGCCUCAAGCGGCCUAUGGUCACCAGUUGAUGCAAUGAAAUUGAAAAUUGCCAUUUCCCUUGCGUGCCUUAUUGGCAUUAUUCAGAUCGCAAUGGGAGCAGCUCGACUGGGAUUUGUGGCCACGUUCAUGUCAGAUCCGAUGAUCAGCGGUUUCACCACAGGGUCAGCGGUGUUGGUUGUUAUCAGUCAAAUGCCCCAUAUUCUUGGAAUCAAAGUUCCACAGUUCUCAAGACCACUUGCUGCGCCUAAGGCCGUGGUUUACAUGCUUAAACACAUAGCAUCUUCCAACGGCGGAGCCAUCAUUACUGGCUUGCUCUGUCUAGCGAUUCUGAUUGGACUAAAAAAAGUGAAUGAACGAUUCAAGAACAAACUUCCCGUCCCUAUCCCUGCUGAACUGCUGGUGGUUGUUGUAGGAACUGCAAUUUCAUACGGAGGAGCAAUAAAUAAAAAGUUUGGAGUAUCUAUUUUAGGAAAAAUACCGAAAGGACUUCCUCCUCUAAGUGUGCCCUCCCUUUCCAUGAUGUCAAACAUCUUCCCAGACGCCUUUGUGAUCGCAGUGGUUAUUUUUGCUACAAACAUCUCGGUAUCGGUCAUGUUUGCAAAGAAGCGCGGUUACACGGUGGAGCCAAACCAGGAGCUGAUCGCUUACGGCGCUGGGAAUGUCGCGGGCUCAUUUUUCUCUUGCUUUCCAAUUUGCAACGCUUUGGCGAGAACUGCUGUACAGGAAAACCUCGCCAACACACAGCUGUGCAGUAUUGUUGUUAUCCUUCUUGUUAUUCUGGUCCUGCUGUUUAUCGCUCCACUUUUCUUCCAUCUUCCCAAGGCCAUCUUAGCCGCUGUCGUAAUAGCUAAUCUCGUGGGUCUCCUGAAACAAUUUUCAAGAUUGAGAGCUUUGUGGAAAAUAUACAAACCUGAUGCGAUUGUGUGGUUUUUGAGUUGUUUUGGCGUCAUACUGAUGGGUGUGGACCUGGGACUUGGCAUAGGAAUAAUUUGCGCUUUGUUUGCAGUCGUGCUUACAAUGUCCAGGUCGAAUCAUUUCAUACUCGGACACGUGAAAGAAACAGAACUGUACCGUGAUAUUAAGAAAUGUCCAUCGGCCACCGAGGUCGCUGGAAUAAAGGUGAUGCGAUUUGAAUCGUCUUUGUACUUUGCCAACGUGGAGCGCUUCAGAAAAGCCCUCGUGUCAGUCACUGGGAAAGAUCCUUCUAUUAAAGAGGAAGAACGCAAAGAGGUGAAACUUGCAAAUGGCGACAACGAAGGAACACAAAGAAACCAGAAUGCAGGGCAACAUGAGAUCACAUACUCCGGGAAAAUGACUCCUGUGAAAGGAAGCGACCACAAAGCUAUGGCAGUCAACGUUGACGAGCCAGAUCAACCUGUUCACUUUGUUGUUAUUGACGGCAGCAGCUUCACAUUCAUCGAUUCAAUGGGUCUGCAAGUUCUACCGACUCUUAUUAAAGACUACGAAAAACACGGAGUUCGCAUUUACUUGGCUGGAUGUUCAUCCUAUAUAACCAAGAUGCUUGUAAGCUCGACUGAAACAGCUGGUGCAAACAAAGUUGACAGUCACGUGAUGUUUCCAUCCAUUCACGAUGCUGUUGUAUCGGCUGCAGGCUCACGUGGUUUGUCGGCUUUGCAAGACGAUUUGGAGAAGGAAAAAAAACGGGGGUGACCGGGUGUGCCUUGUUUCUACUCCGCCGAGCUUCUCUUGUUAUCCAGGGCAAUCUGAGGGAAAAAGGAUUAUAAGCAUUCUACAGUUGUAUCUGAUUUCGCUGACAAAAUAGGAAAGCCAACGUAAAAAUAUAUUAAACAAUCAGAUUAUGAGCUCGAGAGUUGACCUAGUCAACUAUCAUGCAUAGAAAUCGAGAGCG